CUCCAUCUACAGUCUUCAGCGGUCAAGAGGGAUGCAAUUGAACUGACUCGAAAUAAAAUCUUUUGAUUCAGUUCAACAAGCCACAAUGUUUCAACUUGGGUCAAACUGACCUGAAAUGUCACUUAAGGCAGAUUUCUCUGAACGUAAAACACUGUAAACCUCAGUGAGACCCUGGGUCUGAGCACCCCAAUCCUUUGGUGAUGGUGGAAAUCCAGACUUGGAUUUUGUGGUUAGCCUCCAUCUCUCUAAUAAUGUUCCCCUGAGCUAAACAUCCCUGACCUUGGAAGAGGAGCAGGGUAUCAGAAUCCUAACUGUGAUCCUGGUCUGUCCUCUAUAACAGGCUGAACAAAACCCCUGGAUCCAAGCACCCAUGAAGGCUUAGAACUGAUCUGAAUUAUGUGGCUCGGAGCCAUCUUUAGUAUUAAAACACUUUCCCCCUUAUUCCCUGCCCUCUGCUAAAAUAUAUAGAGAGAGGGAACUCCCAGGCUGUUAUACAAAUAGAGAAGAUAAUGAGAGCCAGAAUCUACAGUGAGUCAUGAAACCAGGUUCUUUGUUUCCUCCCAGCUUCUCCUUCCUCUUGUCUUGAGUACAUAUUUGCACUUGCAUUGUGCCUCCUCCCUCCAAAGGUGCUGGACUGUGUAAUGUGUUCACUCGCUCCACCCCACCUGGUUGCUCACUUAUAUUCAUCCCCUCUUGUUCACAAGGUAGGAGCUGUCCUGUCCUGACACAACAACCCGCUGGAGGCAAACAGUGAUGGCAGGAGUCGCAGCUAAGUUGGCCAAAGAGAGAGCUGUAUUAGAAGGGCUUGGCUCCAAUGGGAAGGCAGUGAAGUAUUUAAAUCAGGAUUAUGAGGCUCUGAGGCAGCAGUGCUUGCAGUCUGGCACUCUGUUUAAGGAUGAAGAAUUCCCAGCCGGUCCUUCUGCCCUGGGCUAUAGGGACUUGGGGCCGUAUUCCCCUAAAACGCAGGGUAUUGUUUGGAAGCGACCCACGGAGUUAUGUACCAAUCCUCAGUUUAUAGUUGGAGGAGCCACUCGGACAGACAUUCGCCAAGGGAUCCUGGGUGACUGCUGGCUUCUAGCAGCCAUUGCAUCUCUUACCUUGGAUCAAGAAAUCCUGAAUCGAAUUGUUCCCAAAGAUCAGAGCUUCCAGAAGAACUAUGCUGGGAUAUUUCAUUUCCAGUUCUGGCAGUUUGGGGAGUGGGUGGAUGUUGUUGUUGAUGACAGGCUGCCCACCAAAAACGGGCAGCUGCUCUUCCUUCACUCAGAGGAAGGCAAUGAGUUCUGGAGCGCCCUGCUGGAGAAGGCCUACGCUAAAUUGAAUGGCUCAUAUGAGGCUCUCACAGGAGGCUCCACUACAGAAGGGUUUGAGGAUUUCACGGGUGGCAUCUCUGAGUCUUACGAUCUGAGGAAGGCCCCACCAAACCUAUAUCAGAUCAUCCAGAAGGCCCUGCAAGCUGGGUCAUUGCUUGGCUGCUCCAUUGAUAUCACCAGUGCAGCUGAAACUGAGGCUAUCACAAGUAAGAAAUUGGUAAAGGGACAUGCUUACUCCCUCACAGGAGCAGAAGAGGUAAACUACCGUGGGCGCCUAGAGAAGCUAGUCAGGAUUAGAAAUCCCUGGGGUGAAGUGGAGUGGACCGGAGCCUGGAGUGAUAAUGCUCCAGAAUGGAAUUAUAUUGAUCCCAAACAAAAACAGGCUCUGGAUAAGCAAGCAGAUGAUGGAGAGUUUUGGAUGGCAUUCUCAGAUUUUCAAAGACAGUUUACACGGCUUGAGAUCUGCAACUUGACUCCUGAUACCCUGACAAGUGACAAGGUCCAUAAAUGGGGUCUGACCUUAUUCAGUGGUCAGUGGAGACGGGGUUCUACUGCUGGUGGCUGCCAGAACUAUCCAGUGACAUACUGGACCAAUCCUCAGUUUAAAAUCAAGCUGGAUGAGCCAGAUGAUGAUGAUGAAGGAAGCACUGUGCUGGUGGGCCUGAUGCAGAAGAAUCGCAGGAGAGAAAAGAAGAUGGGGGAAGCUCUACUCAGUAUUGGCUAUUCUCUCUAUCAGGUCCCUAAAGAGCUGCAAAAUCAGACAGAUAUCCAUCUGAGCCGAGAUUUCUUCACAACCCACCGACCAGCAGCCCGGUCUGACACCUACGUUAACCUGCGCGAAGUCUCUGGCCGUCUCAAACUGCCCCAAGGAGAGUACCUCAUUGUGCCAUCCACAUUUGAGCCUUUCAAAGAUGGAGAGUUCUGCCUUCGAGUUUUCUCUGAGAAACCAGCUAAAGCUCAGGAAAUUGGUGAUGUAGUGGCUGCAAAACCAUAUGAGCCUCAUGUUGAUGACAAGGGCAUAGAUAAGGAGUUCAAGAGCCUGUUUCAGAAGCUUUCUGGAGAGGACUGUGAAAUGACUGCAAAUGAACUUCAAACUGUUCUGAAUAGGGUGUUAACAAAGAGGGCAGACAUUAAAAGUGAUGGAUUCAACAUAAACACCUGCAGAGAGAUGAUCAGUCUCUUAGAUACUGAUGGGACUGGCACCUUGGGACUUGUAGAAUUCAAGAUACUUUGGCUGAAGAUUCAAAAAUAUUUGGAGAUCUAUAAGAAAGUGGAUACUAACUAUUCUGGUACCAUAGAUGCUCAUGAGAUGCGAAAUGCCCUCAAGGAAGCAGGUUUCACUCUCAACAAUAAGGUGCAAAACAUCAUUGCUCACCGCUAUGCCUGCAGCAAGAUGACCAUUGACUUUGAUGGCUUUGUGGCCUGCAUGAUCCGCCUAGAGACCCUCUUCAAAAUGUUCCAGCUCCUAGACAAAGACAAGAAUGGAGUCAUCCAGCUCUCUUUGGCUGAGUGGCUGUGUUGCACAAUGGUUUGAGCCGUUGCAUCUGAAUUGAGUACAGAUCCCAGUGACUCUUGCAAACAUGUUGUGAUUUUCAUAUGUCUGGAAACUUGGAAGAUAUUUAUUUCCUGUGUAUCUGAGUGAUUCUCAAUCUGCUGCUCCCCUCUUACAGGGAGAAAAAAAUCCUGUUUCAAUCACCAGCAACUUAUUUUAAGCCAAAAUGAAAAAUAAAAUGAUUCCCUACCAUU